AUGGACGCCGCCGGCGGGUCCCCGCUGCUGCUUCUCCUGCUGGCCGCGCUCCUGCCUCCGGGGGCCGGGGCCGAGGAGAUCAUCGGGGGCGUGGAGUGCAAGCCGCACUCGCGGCCCUACAUGGCCUUCCUGGAGGUCACCACGGAGCGCGGGGAGCGCGGCGAGGCGGCGGGUUUUCUGGUGAGCCCGCGGUUCGUGCUCACGGCCGCCCACUGCCAGGGAAGGGAGAUCACGGUCACGCUGGGCGCCCACAACGUGACGAGGCCGGAAGCCACGCAGCAGAAGCUGGCGGCGGCGCAACAGAUCGCCCACCCCAAGUACAACCCGUUCACCCACCGCCACGACAUCAUGCUGCUGAAGCUGGAGCAGCCGGCCUCGCUGAGCCGGGCUGUGGACGUGGCUCCGCUGCCCGCCCCGUCGGACUUCCUCCGCCCGGGGCGGCUGUGCCGGGCCGCCGGCUGGGGACGGACGGGGGUCAUGCAGCCCACGUCCGCCACCCUGAGGGAGGUGAAGCUGCGGAUCAUGGACAGAAAGGAGUGCGGGUUCUUCUGGCAUUAUAAGAACCAGUACCAGCUGUGCGUGGGCAACCCCGGCAGCACGCGCUCCGCGUACAAGGGAGAUUCGGGGGGGCCCCUGCUGUGUGCGGGGGUGGCCCACGGGAUCGUGUCGUAUGGACGGUGGUCAGCAAAGCCUCCUGCCGUCUUCACCCGCAUCACCAACUACAUGCCCUGGAUCGACAGCGUGAUAAAGGGCGGCUAGCGGCCAAGCCCCGCAGAGCA